UACAGGAUAGGUUGUUGAUGCUACGUGGAUGGGAAGUAGUUCUCGAGCUGCCAGAGGAAACCUAAACAAAACAAUGCAAAGAAGUCCAACCUAGACGCCGAGUAGCGCGAAAGCAAAGAAAAAAUGUCGCCCAGUCGAUCGUUUAUUUAUAUAUAUUAUCUACUUUCAUUUUAGCAUGGAAUAAUGUCGACUGUCAGCGAAUUGUCAGUUGUUUUGCGAGCAGAAUUAGCCGCCAAGCUAAUGUGGACAGCGGCCUACGUUAACUGAUAAACGCACCAACCUGUUCCGGCUGUUAGUGUGGAAUAAGCCUGCUCUUAUUUGGGAUGCUUUUAAUAAUGUGUUUUAUAUAGACAUUCAGUGGACUGUCGCACAACCGGGUGGAAGUAAAGCAAUAUGAGUUGGUUCAACGCGUCACAGCUGUCUAGUUUUGCCAAACAAGCUCUGACAACUGCUCAGAAAUCCAUCGACAGAGUUCUGGACAUUAAAGAAGAGGAGCAGUGGGGUGACACGACCGAACCGACCUUUACUGAUCCACCAGGCAAGCUGGUAUCAACAGGAUGGGCUAUGAACCAGUGGAACUCGCCCUCUGAGGAACAUAUCAAGACUCUCCCUCCAUCAUCUGAGGCCAUUACUAAGCCUGUCACAAGGACUGUGGUUGAUGAAUCGGAGGACUUCUUCAGUGCCUUUCUGCCUCAUGGGGAUGUGCAAACUGUAAGCAACACUAAAGUGGUGUCUGUGCCACCUGCCAAGUCGAACCGCAGGCUACGGGAAAAAGCAGACAAGGAGAAGGAGCUGGAAGUCGGUGAUUCACAAGGUCAGACAGACCUCAGUAAAUGCGGCAGCCAGGAAACUAUUGAGAUAAAGCCGACUGAGACAGAGCUUUUGGAGCAAAAUUCAUCCUCGGCUGAUGAGCAGUUACAACCAGAACUGGUUGUUCCUGCUUCAAUCGUUGCACUGGAAGAAGCUGCCGAACAGGAAACCAGCGAGGACAGGACAGAGUCAGAUGGCUUGGUUAUAACUUCAGAUGUCACACUCACAAAUGUACCUUUAUCCUCCUCAGAGGCCGAAUCUGCUGGUGUGUUUGAACCAGCUUUGACCAUCGAGACCAAAAAUCCAGUAAAAACCUCGCCUGUUCCUUCUAAAGAAAUCCUUUUAGAAUCCAAAGACGCUAAAUCAGAGGACAGACAAAGCAACACCCCGUCUCCCCCUGUUAGUGCCUUCUCUUCUGGUACUUCCACUACCAGCGACAUAGAGGUUUUGGACCACGAGAGUGUGCUAAGCGAGAGCUCGGCCAGCUCCAGACAGGAGACCGCAGAGGCUAAAGCUGGUCUGCACCUAAUGCAAGGCUCUUUCCAACUGCUCUCUGCCUCAACGUGCAGCGACUUCCCUCGUUUGGAUGAAUACCCAAAACUCACGGAAAGCUGCGGCUCCUCUUCUGACGCCUUUGAGCGUAUUGACUCGUUUAGCGUGCAGUCGCUGGACAGCCGCAGUGUCAGCGAAGUGAAUUCUGAUGACGAGAUCCCAGGCAACCGCACAUUAGCCUCUAUCACGGCCGGACCUUUGCCUGCUCCUGCUCAGUCAGCGCCAGAGACUAAACAGGAUGAAGAGGAGGGUAUAACAGAGUCAAUGAAUGACCAAUCACUGGAUGAUAAUGAGAUGGAGGAGAGCGGCCGCAGUGCAACGCCAGUGAACUGUGAGCAGACGGAUGAGCUGCAGGAAGGCGAACAGGAAGCUGAAUUUGACCUCAGGCUGACCAACCAAAAAACUUAUGUGAACGAAAUGGCAGUAUCGCAGAGUACUAAAGAGAAACUGGGAGAUUCACCCUGUCAGAUUUUUGAGCUCCAGAAGAUUAUUGAGGAGCUUUCUAGCCGACUAGAGAAGAGAGAAUCACAGUUGCUUGUGGUCAGUAAAGACAAAGCCAGACUUGAAGAGGAGUGUGACAAUCUCAAAGAUGAGAUGAUCAGCUUAAAGGAAGAAAGCUCUGCUGUUCAGUCUUUAAAAGACGAGUUCACUCAGCGCAUAGCUGAAGCUGAGAGGAAAGCUCAACUCGCCUGCAAGGAGAGAGACAUCGCCAAAAAGGAAAUCAAGGGCCUCAGAGAAGAACUGGCAAGCAGGUUAAACUCAAGUGAGACUUUGGAACUGAUAAAAGAGAAAGAGGAACAGAUCCGAGAGCUUCUAGAAGAAGGUGAGAAACUGUCCAAGCAGCAGUUGCAGCACUCCAACAUCAUAAAGAAACUGCGUGUGAAAGAGAAAGAGAGUGAUGCACAGAUCACCAAACAGACCAAAAAACUGAAGGAACUGGAAGAAGAACUAAAACACUUGCAGCAGGUUUUGGACGGUAAGGAGGAAGUAGAAAAGCAGCACAGAGAGAACAUUAAGAAGCUGAAUGCUGUGGUGGAGCGGCAGGAGAAGGAAUUGAGUAAACUGCAGACCAGCGACGAGGAGCUUCAGGAAAAGAACCGCAGUUUACAAGCAGCCCUUGACAGCUCCUACAAAGAGUUGGCAGAGUUACACAAGGCCAAUGCCACCAAGGAUAGUGAGGCCCAGGAACUGGCGCUGAGCAGAGAGGUGCAGGCGAAAGAAGAGCUGAGUCUGGCUUUGGAGAAAGUCCAAGAAGAAUCGCGCCUACAACAAGAGGCACUGGCCAAUCAGGUGGCGGAUUUGAGGCUGGCUCUACAGAGGGCUGAACAGCAGCAGGCCAAGAAGGAAGAUUACCUGAGAGAGGAGAUCAGUGAGUUACAGCAGAGGUUGCAAGAAGCAGAGACUAGAAACCAGGAACUUAGCCAAAGUGUUACAUCAGCAACACGGCCCCUCCUGCGGCAGAUAGAGAACCUCCAGGCCACACUUGGUGCCCAGACAGCAUCAUGGGAAAAACUAGAGAAGAACAUCUCUGACCGCUUAGCUGAUGCCCAAGCCCAGCUUGCCGUUUCUAUAGAGAAAGAGCGUUCGGCUACAGAGGAGCUACUAGCCAUCCGAGCACAGAUAGCAUCUUUAGAAUCCCAGGCUUCCUUGUUGAGGCAGGAGAAGGGACGUCUGCAGGGGCAGCUGGAUGCAGAGAGGAUGCGGCGGGAAAAACUGGAGGAUGACUUUAGCAGGGAGCGUGUAGAGCUGGAGAAUCUUAAAGGGGAACAUGUACGAGUCUCAGAAGAGGCAAAAAAGGAGAAGUUGCUUCUCACCAACCAACUGGAAAUGGAGAAAAUGAAGGUGGAACAGGAGAAGAAGAAAUGCUACCUUGCGCAAGAGGCCCUCAAAGAAAAGGAGAGGAAGUCUUUAAGUCUGUCUGUGACUGAUGCUCCAGCGUCCUCCACUCCCUCACUGUCCCGCUCCAGUUCUGUUAGUGGGGCUGAGCAUGCUGGCUUACCGUCCUCCAUUUUCUCACAGCAGGAGGAUUCUCUGGACCAUUCUUUCAGCACUAUGACCAUGUCCAUCAGUGGGACUAACCUAUACGAGGCGGCUCGACUGGGUGGUGGAUCCAGCAUCAUUGAGAGCCUGCAAUCUCAGCUCAAACUCAGAGAGGGCGAGAUAGCUCAGCUGCAGAUGGAGAUUGCUAGUCUAGAGAGAAGUCGCACUGUGAUGGCGGAAGAGCUUGUGCGACUGACCAAUCAGAAUGAUGAGAUGGAGGAUAAAGUGAAGGAAAUCCCUAGACUGAAAGUGCAACUGAAGGAUCUUGAACAAAGGCACAACACAAUCCUGCAGAUGUAUGGAGAGAAGGCAGAGGAGGCGGAAGAGCUGCGUCUGGACCUGGAGGAUGUGAAGAACAUGUACAAAACGCAAAUAGAUGAACUGUUAAAAAAUCAAAAAUAAUAGAUUCUGCAAAAGGACUGGCUCACACUGACUUAAACAGAGCUUUACUGUAGGAGUAAAAUGUGCUUCACAUCUCAGAGCAUUGGUAAUAAUAGACCAAGUAAUUUAAAUGUAUUUUUUUCUGAGAAAAUGUUCACCAUAUUUCAAGGGUCAUAUAGUAUAUAGUUAUUUAAGAUGUGAUUCCUCUCACGGUUGUGGGAUUUUAUUUGAAGUCAUUUUUUUCUCAGUAAAUAACCAUUUUUGGUUUAAGGAAUGACAUGACUGUCUAUCAGUGUAUAGGUUUGGUGGUUUCUUAACACUUGAAUUUGCACAAUGAAGCGAGAGUUUAGACUUUCUGCGUUUGUAAUCAUUGAAUUAAUUGCUAUAUUUUCCUCUGAUCUUCAUCCUCUGGACUGCACAUCUUACUGCUAAGCAGUUGAUUUGCUGUUGACUGUCUCUUCACAUUGUGAAAACACGUAAACAUGCUUUCCAGAUAACUCCAGGGUACCAUGCGUCUUUCAAUACGCUUAAGUUAGCAGACUUAAAGUUAAGUUUUGCACUCAUUUUUAUCCCAUGUCAAGCUGAUUGAGUUUUAGUGAUGAAGGGGUCCACGGAAAUAUUUCACUGUCAUAUUCUAUGAGAUAUGAUCUCUGUAAAUCAUACAUUACAGUCAGGACUGUCUGAUGUCACUAAGAUCCUCCCGGUGUAUCUUCAAUUUUUGCUGCACACAUGUAAAUAAAGUAAAAGAUAUGUA